GGCAACAGGGGAAACUAGAAGAGACAAGUCAGAAAGGGAUGGCAUGAAAAAACCAUUUCAUCUUUCGAUCUUUCUUUCUUCUGUUUUCUUUCUUUCUUCUGUUUCCAGAUCUUCAACUACUUAAAACGUCGUCGUCGAACGGUCUAGAAUCAACAAUUCAACACUUGGAAAGAACCCAUUCUCUCUCCUUUUCAACGUUGUUUUCUAUAUAAACUCUCUCCGCCUCCUCUUUCUUUCCCUCAUUCUGUUUCAUUCCUUUCUUUCUCUUCUCUCGCCACUUCAAGUAAUUUAUCAUCCAACAUUGCUGAAUUGUGCUCGCCCCCCACUUUGUUUUUUCUCCGCCUGAGAAAUUCAAGCCAAAAUGGAAGACGGGCAUAAUUUUCAGGAUGUUCAAAAGCCAAAAUAUGAUUGUCUUCUGUUUGAUCUUGACGACACCCUUUAUCCCUAUAGUUCUGGAGUUUGUCAGCAAAUAGCAAAGAAUAUCGAAGAAUAUAUGAUUGAAAAGCUUGGGAUGGAUGCUGAUAAAGUUGCCGAAUUAAACGUUCCGUUGUAUAAGACUUAUGGAACCACGAUGGCUGGUCUAAAGGCAAUUGGCUAUGACUUUGAUUACGAUGAGUAUAGCAGUUUUGUUCAUGGGAGAUUGCCAUAUAAUGUGCUGUUGAAACCAGACCCUGUUCUCAGGGGAAUUCUGCAAAGCUUGCCUAUUAGGAAGAUUAUAUUUACAAAUGCAGAUACGAACCAUGCAAUUAGUGCACUUAAAAUCCUUGGAUUGGAGGAUUGCUUUGAAAGUAUUAUAAGCUUUGACACUCUGAAUCCUUCUAACGACAAAGAUGGCAGCGAAUCCAGACCUACUACCGCAGAAGUUUUAGAUAUCUGUGAGCGUUUGUGCCGGAAUGACUCUGAUAUGGAGCUUCCAAGCACCCCCCUUGUCUGCAAACCCUUUGAUCAAGCAUUUGAAUAUGCUUUCAAGAUAGCAGACAUUGAUCCUCAGAGAACAUUGUUUUUUGAUGACAGCAUCCGCAAUUUACAGACAGCUAAACGCUUAGGCCUCCACACAGUUGCGGUGGGCACAUCUGUUCGUACAUUAGGAGUUGAUCAUGCAUUGGAGAGUAUUCAUAAUAUGAGAGAAGCAUUUCCAGAGCUUUGGGAUGCUGAGGAGAAGCACGAAUUUGUGCACUACAACGCUGGAAUUGAAACACCAGUAGAAGCUUAGCUUAGAAGUUUGGAAUGUAUAUGAAAAAUAACUGUAGUUGGAGAUGGAUCACACACACCAUAUGAAUGUGUUUGUGGUUCAUUUUUUUUCUGAUGUGAUGCAUUGGAUUACAUGUUUGAUCAGCUUUCUUUUAACCCCACAUGCGUCAAAGUUAACCACAUCAUCAUAUAUUUUAAAAUAUCAAUCUUUGCAA